UUCAAGCGGGUGCGGCCGGCGCGCAUAAAUCUCUGCCCUCAGCAGUCACGUGCUCCAGACCAGAGGUCGUCAUUCCACUCAGCCACCCGAGCACAAAUGGCCGCUCGCGCGCUGCUCCUGCUGGCCCUCGUGCUGGCCACCGAGGCCGCCGUGCCGAGGGUGAUGAAGAUCAAGCCCCUGGGCCGGGCACCCAAGUCGCUGACCAGAGACCUCAGGGUCCCCGGACCUGAGGAACAGGCCCUCACCGAGCAUCUCACUGGACCCUACGAGACCGAGGCCACCUCCUUGUGCAACCAAUUCGUUCUUGCCGACUGGGGCUACUCGACGGACAUCAACAAUCCGGCCGCUGAAGAAGCCCUGCUAAACGAGACCCUGAGGUUCGCCGCGUUCUCCCAGCAGCAGUGGGAAACGUACUUCCGCGACGCCAAUUGGGAAACUUACGAGCAAGCGGAUGUCAAACGUCAGGCCAUGUUCCUCUCCGUCCUGGGCACCGCCGCUCUUGACCCUGUAGCACUUGAGCAGUACAACAAAGAGAUUACCACAAUGACUGGCAUUUACGGCGCGGCUCGUAUCUGUCCAUACACAAACCAAAACUGCGACAUCGCCACAGAAGGCAUCCGUCUUGAACCGGAUAUGGAGACUGUCAUUUCGGGAUCGCGAGACUAUGAGGAGCUCAAGUACGUGUGGUCGCAGUGGCGUGACGCGUCCGGCGCCAAAAUGCGCACCAACUAUCAAAACUACGUCACCUUGAGCAACCAGGCUGCCCAGGCUAAUGGUUACGCUGACAUGGGUGAGAUGUGGCGUGCCGACUUUGAGACGCCCAACUUCCAGGCCGACAUACAGCGCCUGUGGCUCGAGGUCAAGCCCCUGUACGACAGGUUGCAUACCUACGCCCUGGCCAAGCUCAGGGAGGUCUACGGCGCGCAGAUCCCCGACGGACCUUUCAUUCCGGCGCACAUUCUUGGAAACAUGUGGGCUCAGUCUUGGGACAACAUUUACGACAUUCUUGAACCUUUCCCGAACGCGACCAAAAUUGAUAUUACCCAGGCCAUGAUUGAUCAGGGUUAUGAUGUGCCCCGAAUGUUUGCGGUGGCCAACGAGUUUUACACCUCUCUAGGUUUGGAACCGAUGGAAAUGUCAUAUGGUGACCUGGCCAUCAUUGAACAGCCCGAUGACCGCGAUAUUGUCUGCCACGCUUCUGCCUGGGACUUCUGCGAUGGACAAGACUUCAGAAUAAAGAUGUGCACCAAUGUGGAUGAAGAAGAUUUUAUCACCGUCCAUCAUGAGCUUGGCCACAUCGAGUACUUCAUUCUCUACAAAGACCAGCCUAUCACCUUCCGCAAGGGUGCCAAUCCUGGAUUCCAUGAGGCGGUUGGAGAUGUCAUCGCCCUGUCUGUGAAAAACCCUCAGCAUUACGCGACCAUCGGCCUGCUUCCCGAAUACACAGACUCGUAUGAAAAUUCCAUCAACACGCUGCUGCGCUUUGCCCUGUCCAAGGUUGCUUUCUUGCCAUUUGCGGUGCUCAUUGACAGCUGGCGUUGGGAGGUUUUCUCUGGAGCCACACCUGAAGCCAAUUGGAACACGCGCUGGUGGCAGCUCAGAGAAGAGCUGCAGCUGGUUUCUGCCCCUGUUCCGCGAACUGAGCAACACUUUGACCCUGGCGCAAAGUUCCACGUUCCUGGAAACUCUCAAUACAUCUCCUACUUCAUUGCGCACAUCCUGCAGUUCCAGCUGCACCGCGCUCUGUGUAUCGAGGCCGGACAAUACGACCCUGCUAACCCGGACGUCAAGCCACUGCACACCUGCGAUAUCUACAGGUCGACUGCCGCCGGCACCAGGCUCAGAAACGGACUGGCGCUCGGUGGCUCUCUUCUUUGGACCGAGACGCUUCAGCAGCUGACAGGCGAGACUCAGCUGAGCGGCACCGCUCUUCUUGAAUACUUCAAGCCCUUGUUUGAUUUCUUGGAGCCCGUUCCUGAAGUUUCCCAGCCCCAGCCUCUGGUUGGUGCCCAGGAAGACCCUCCGACGGAACCCGUUGACCAAACAGUUCCUAUCGUCGUUGGUGCCGUUCUCGGUGCUGUUGUCGUCAUCGCCUUGGUCGCUUACUUUGUCAAUCAGUACCGCAACAGAAACAAGGAUUAAGGAGCUCUCUAUGCUUUUUUUUUAAGAUAAAGAUUUUUGCAUGGUGUUGCAAUAUGGUUUGAUCAAAUCAAAGUUCUUCGUUCGGAGUAUUUGUAAACCUUUUGCUCAAUAAAUAAAAAAUUUACACAAGCUUAAUAAA